CUUCGUCUCUGGGUUGAAUCACACCAGCCAGACCUAUUUUCUGCGCAGCUUUCUUUCUUUCCUUCUUUCGUAAUGGAUUGAGAUAUACAAUACAUCCCAGACAAAUGCUACAAUAAUCCAACCGACGAUCCCCUUUCAUUGAUAAUCAUCACGAACGACCGACCGACCGACCGACACAGACGACCGAAUCCAGAAAUGCUAUCCUCUUAACCUACACUGCAACUCAAAACCUACCAACCAAACCAGCCCCUACGCCCCCUUCACCCUCUCCAGUCCCCCCAACCGAAAGCUUCCACCCCCCACCCUUAAAACCAAUUGACACACCCUCCCCACCGAUGGACGCCCAAGCCAUCCUCCUCCGCCUAGGCUGGUCCGGCCCCGGCAACCCCCUAAACCCCAACGCCCGCCCGGACAGCACCUCCGGCCUGGGCCUGACGCGUCCGAUCCUCGUUGCGCGUCGGAAGGGGAACUCGGGCGUGGGCAAUAAGACCACCAAGGACCCGACGAAUCAGUGGUGGUUGCGCGGGUUUGAAGACGCGCUCAAGGGGGUGGGCGACGAGAACCGCACCGUCUCGACGAAAAGUACGCCGAAUGCGUUGACGAGUGAGCUUUAUCGGUUUUUUGUGAGGGGGGAGAUUGUUCCUGGGACUUUGGGGGAUAAAUCUAAUCAGGACGAGAGGGAGGAGGAGGAGGAGGGUGGAAAGAGGAAGAAGCAGCGCAAAACUGGGGCUAAGAAAGAGUCCAAGGAAGAGAGGAGACUGCGCAAGGAGGAGCGGAAAAAACGCAAAGAGGAGAGACAGAAACGCAAAGAGGAAAGGCGGGUGAAGCGGGAGGAGAAGAAGAAGCGCAAGGAAGAGCGAGAGGCGCGGCGCGCAGCCCGGACCCUGAAGAGAGAGAAGAAGGCCGCGGCGAAGCUGCUUAAGCGCCGGAAGGAGGGCGAGGAGGAUGUGCCGCGUCCGCAGUACGAGGAUUACCCUACGCCGCCAGUGACAGAGCCCGAGCCCGAGCCCGAGCAGACGGAGUCAAGUGGGCCAGAGGAUCAAUUGAAGAGGGACCGCAAGGACAAGAAAGAGAAGAAGUCCAAAGACAGCAAGAAGAGAAAGUCGCCUGGGGAGGGUGGGGGUGACGAUGCCCCGAAAAAGUCGAAAAAGUCGAAAAAGUCCAAAACACCGGACGAGUGAGCUUUUCUUCGGGUGGUUGGAUAUACUACUACUACUAGAUUAGACUUCUUACAGAUACCCAUGGCUUGGUGCUGGUUCUUGGAAUUCAUUAUGUUCAAACAUUG